AAACAUUUCCUCAGCUUUGUUCUUAUUGAACGUGACCCUGCCUACUGAUAUAAGAGGUGGCACAUCCCUGCUUCUACGGUUGACAGACGUAUUUGGCCUCGCUCCAGACUAAUGACCUUACAUCACCAUGACGACCAACGUGGAGGUGCUUGCUCAGCAGAUAGUGGCCCCUGAGCAGGUGGCAGAGGUGAGUGGUGUGUGUGUGUGUGUGUGUGUGUGUGUGUGUAUGGUUGUUUUGUUAUUAGGGGAGAGGAUGUGUUUGUGUACUAUACAUACACUACCGGUCAAAAGUUUUAGAACACCUACUCAUUCAAGGGUUUUUCUUUACUGUAGAAUAAUAGUGAAGAUAUCAAAACUAUGAAAUAACACACAUGGAAUCAUGUAGUAACCAACAAAGUGUUAAACAAAUCAAAAUAUAUUUUAUUCUAAAGCGAUACGCCAUCCCAUCUGGUUUGGGCUUAGUGGGACUAUCAUUUGUUUUUCAACAGGACAAUGACCCAACACACCUCCAGGCUGUGUAAGGGCUAUUUGACCAAGAACGAGAGUGAUGGCGCAGCCUCAGAUGACCUGGCCUCCACAAUCCUUCGACCUCAACCCAAUUGAGAUGGUUUGGGAUGAGUCGGACCGCAGAGUGACGGAAAAGCAGCCAACAAGUGCUCAGCAUAUGUGGGAACUCCUUCAAGACUGUUGGAAAAGCAUUCCAGGUGAAGCUGGUUGAGAGAAUGCCAAGAGUGUGCAAAGCUGUCAUCAAGGCAAAGGGUGGCUAUUUGAAAAAUCUAAAAUAUAUUUUGAUUUGUUUAACACUACUGUCACGAUCGUCUACGAGAGAGGAGGACCAAGGCACAGCGUAAUAAGCGUACAUACUUUAUUUGUACUGAACACGACACAAAAACAAUAAACAACGAUGCGUGACGUCCUGAAGUUAUACACAACACAAACCUUAACGGAACAAAAUCCCACAAACCCGAAUGAAAAACAGACUGUUUAAAUAUGGCUCCCAAUCAGAGACAACCAACGAACAGCUGACACUCGUUGCCUCUGAUUGGGAGUCACUAAGGCAAACAUAGAAAACAACAAACCAGAACCCCCAACAUAGAAACACACCACAUAGAACAAACACACCCUGGCUCAACAACUAGAGUCCCAUUGCCAGGGUGUGACAGUACCCCCCCCUAAAGGCGCGGACUGCGACCGCGCCUCAAAAAGAGCAAAACAGGGGAGGGCUGGGUGGGCAUACCUCCUCGGCGGCGGUUCUGGCUCCGGGCUUGACCCCCACUCCUUCUCUAACCCCCCAAAGUACCCCUGGUCCGGUCUGGCCCUGCUGGCCGGAGCUGGACUGAACACUGGUGGAGCGGAUUGCUCUAGCUCCGACGUGAAGCCUCUGACCGGUGCCGGACCAGCCACCGGUGGAACAGGCACGGGCCGUGCCGGACUGACGACGCACACCACUGGCUUGGUGUGGGGAGCAGGAGUGGGCCGAGCCGGGCUGUCGAAGCGCACCCCUGACUUGGUGCGGGGAACAGGCACGGGCCGUGCCGGACUGACGACGCACACCACUGGCUUGGUGUGGGGAGCAGGAGCGGGCCGAGCCGGGCUGACGAAACGCACCACUGACUUGGUGCGGGGAGCAGGAAUGGGCCGGACCGGGCUGACCGACGCGCACCAAUGGUGCGACAGAACAGCGGACCUCGGAACAACACCACUGGCCCUACUGGGGAUCAGGAACAGGCCGACCGGACUGGCACACACGCUGUACCUCUCGCCUCUCUCCUCUCUGUCUGAGCCUUGCUGUUGGAAAACCACAUAGUGUUUGACUUUCGGCCUGUCACAGAUGCACUUCCCCCGACUUCACUCCUCUCAUUUUCAUUUACAGUUAGGUGCUUCAGGCUUACCACUCAAACGAGCCCCCUGAUUUUGAAAGGGAUUGCGCGACGAUUAGCUUAGCAACCGUGUGACGCAGUAUGACAUCGUGAACACGAUUGGUCGACAGUCUGCUGUGUUGGGGGGGGGGGGUUACACGUUCCUCCAUUCAUUGCCCAAUGGGAUUCUUUCUCCUCCUUUUUUUCUAAUAUCUCUGUAGUGCCCGACUGCACAGUUGAUGACGUGUCACGCAACCAUUGGUUGAUGCAUGCAACGUCUGCACAGGCAUCGCGACCAAAGCCUUUUCUUCCUUGAAUGUGACUCACACACAGAGAGACAGACAGAAAGAAAGUUACAGACUCUCUCGCUCUCUGAAACAGAUAUCAUUGGUAAAAUCCAGAACUGGAAAGUGUGAGGUGUACUGUCUGAGGUGUAACUUAAGCCUUUUUGAUGCGAACACUUACAUCCUUAUGCCGUCCACUACUUAGUCAAAUCCAGUGGAGGCUGGUGCAGGAGAUAUAGGAGGACGUGCUCAUUGUAAUGGCUGAAAUGGAAUGAAUGAAUCCUAGUCAAAAAUGUGGUUUCCAUAUGUUUGAUGUGUUUGAUACCGUUCAAUUUAAUCCAUUCCAGCAAUUACAAUGAGGCCAUCAUCCUAUAGCUCCUCCCGCCAGCCCCACUGGUUGAAUCACUAAACAAGACGCCUUCCCCGGAAGGAUUGUCCCCAGACACACAGUACAUGUCCUCUGUCAGAGACAGAGGUCAUCUCUGAACGAGAGGGCUUUGUAUGCGAAGAGAUGAUCACAUAUCACGCUGAUUACUUUUUGCAAAUCCAAUUAGUUUUCCAUGUUGAUACAACCUCAUCACAUAGAUUUUUGGGGUUAAAAUGAGUGGAAACAACAUUAUUUCAAAAAAAAUUUGCCCAAGUAGUUGUUCGCCUUACAGUUGUUAUAUUUUGUGGCUGUAGCCGCACACUCUUGUUACGAUGUAAAUGAUGUACAAAUGUACGAAGCACUACCUGAACUUGGUCAAUGACAAUGCUCACGUUUGUUUUCUCUUUCAAAACAUUUCCUCAGCUUUGUUCUUAUUGAACGUGACCCUGCCUACUGAUAUAAGAGGUGGCACAUCCCUGCUUCUACGGUUGACAGACGUAUUUGGCCUCGCUCCAGACUAAUGACCUUACAUCACCAUGACGACCAACGUGGAGGUGCUUGCUCAGCUGAUAGUGGCCCCUGAGCAGGUGGCAGAGGUGAGUGGUGUGUGUGUAUGGUUGUUUUGUUAUUAGGGGAGAGGAUGUGUUUGUGUACUAUACAUACACUACCGGUCAAAAGUUUUAGAACACCUACUCAUUCAAGGGUUUUUCUUUACUGUAGAAUAAUAGUGAAGAUAUCAAAACUAUGAAAUAACACACAUGGAAUCAUGUAGUAACCAACAAAGUGUUAAACAAAUCAAAAUAUAUUUUAUUCUAAAGCGAUACGCCAUCCCAUCUGGUUUGGGCUUAGUGGGACUAUCAUUUGUUUUUCAACAGGACAAUGACCCAACACACCUCCAGGCUGUGUAAGGGCUAUUUGACCAAGAACGAGAGUGAUGGCGCAGCAUCAGAUGACCUGGCCUCCACAAUCCUUCGACCUCAACCCAAUUGAGAUGGUUUGGGAUGAGUCGGACCGCAGAGUGACGGAAAAGCAGCCAACAAGUGCUCAGCAUAUGUGGGAACUCCUUCAAGACUGUUGGAAAAGCAUUCCAGGUGAAGCUGGUUGAGAGAAUGCCAAGAGCUGUCAUCAAGGCAAAGGGUGGCUAUUUGAAGAAUCUAAAAUCUAAAAUAUAUUUUGAUUUGUUUAACACUACAUGAUUCCAUGAUAUGUAUUAUUUCAUAGUUUUGAUGUCUUCACUAUUAUUCUACAAUGUAGAAAAUAGUAAAAAUAAAGAAAAACCAUUGAAUGAGUAGGUGUUCUAAAACCUUUGACCGGUAGUGUAAGUAAAUUCAAAUAAAAUUGUAUUUGUCACAUGCGCCGAAUACAACAGGUGUGGACCUUACCGUGAAAUGCUUACUUACAAGCCCAUAACCAACAAUGCAGUUUUAAGAAAACAGAGUUAAGAAAAUAUUUAGUAAAUAAACUAAAGUUAAAAAAUGAAUAAAAGUAACACAAUUAAAUAACGAGGCUAUAUAGAGGCGGUACCGGUACCGAGUCAAUGUGCGGGGGUACAGGUUAGUCGAGGCAAUUUGUACAUGUAGGUAGGGGUAAAGUGACUACUUGUGCUUGCAUGUUGGUUUUCUGUGUGUGACUGUGUCUGUGCUGUGUAUGUGAAAGAGCACCCUGACCCUGUCCCUGACCCAUCCCACGAUUCCCGUUCAAAGAUGAUUCACUUUGUGAGACAAAGGUGAUACACUGCUGCUCUGUGUGGCCGGGCGAUUCUGUCUCCUUGGUUGCCGUGGAGACAGAGGCCACUCUUAACCUUCAGAGGAGAAGUGUCACUGAGGGCACAGUCAAGCCCCUCCUCCUCUGUCUAGCUGCUGGCUUCCCUGCUGCUCACGGAUGUACUGUGUCUGUGUGUGUGCGUACGUGUGUGUGUGUGUGUGCUUUGUUGCACAUCAUUUGUAUGAUUUGACUGUUAAUGUGUUUGUAUUGUGUGUUUCAGGUGCAGGCCUCUCCCGCUGACUAGUCAGUGAUGAGUGGCUCUCCACAGCGUUUCCAGAUCAUCUCAACUGAGCCCUCAGCCACACAGCAGCGCAUACAGGUAACAGUAUCCCACAUUAGUGACAUGUACGCUUCUGCUUGAAGCCACUUAUUGAUAGCAUACACACACUGCACCCUAGUGACAACUUAUAAUGUACACAGAUUCCAAAUCUCACUAAUACUAUUUGAAUACGGCUUAAAAAGUUAUAAGUGCUUAAGAGAGUUCGGGAUUUUGGCAAUGAGUCCCUUUAUUACCUUCCCCAGAGUCAGAUUAAUUUGUGGAUACCAUUUUUAUGUAUCUGCAUGCAGUUAGAAGGAAGUUGCUAACUAGCGUAAGCGCAAUGACAGACUAGCUGUUCCUGUAGACCUCCAGUCAUUGCGCUAACACUAGUUAGAAUUGGCUCGCGAAACUACCUCAAAUUUCCUUCAUACUGGAUGCAGAUACAUAAAAAUGGUAUCCACGAGUUCAUCUAACUCUGCAAAAAUCCACAAACUAUCCCUUUACAUUUAAAGGAUAGCAGUUGUUUGGAUGGAUGUGGGAUUAUGAUCUCUCGCUCUCGUUCUCUCUCUCUCUCGGUCUCCCCCUCCCUCUCUCCCUCUCAGAUUGUAACGGACCAGCAGACGGGUCAGAAGAUCCAGAUCAUCACGACCAUGGAUCCCUCCAGCGGGCCCAAGCAGCAGUUCAUGCUGGCGGCGGCUGAUGGCUCUGGAACGGGUAAAGUCAUCCUGAUGUCCCCAGAGAACCAGGGCACCAAGCAGCUCAUCUUCACCACAGCACAGCUACCCGGCAGGAUACAGGUACGGAGAAAGACAUAACGUCACCAUUCUAAAACAUAGUCGAAUACAGGUAUGGAAUACACCUUAACACCACAAAUCUAAACCACAGCCAGAUACAAAUAUAGACCUCACUACAUCACAAAUCUAAACCACAGCAUCAGAUGACACACUGUGUGACUUUUGACCCCACAGUGACCUCUCAGUGACCUCUACUCCUCCUGGUGUUCCAGAUUGUAACAGAUGCCGCGUCGGUGGAUCGGUUACUGGGGAUAGCUGGGGAUGUGGACCGGCCUCAACCUGUGGAGUUUUGUGUGGUGUGUGGAGACAAGGCUUCAGGUACAAACACACACACACACACAGGCCAUUGUCCCAUUCAUACCUAUUAACCUCCCUCUCUGUUCUGUGGCCAGGGCGUCACUAUGGGGCUGUCAGCUGUGAAGGCUGUAAAGGCUUCUUCAAGAGGAGUGUGAGGAAGAACCUGACCUACAGUUGCCGUAGCAACCAGGACUGUGUUGUCAACAAGCACCAUCGCAACCGCUGUCAGUUCUGUCGGCUGAGGAAAUGCCUGGACAUGGGCAUGAAGAUGGAGUGUGAGUCACACGAACGCACGCACAUGAAGGUGGUUGGAAUUUCAUUCCCCAUUCCAACACCAGAAACUCUGUCUAACAUCCCACCUAAGUAAUGUCUGCUCACAAAGUAAUUUUCGAGUUACCAAGUCAUUUCUGAGUACCUGUGGGGUAAUAGUGUUUUUGAUGGUGUUUAUGUCCUGUGUCCUCAGCCGUGCAGAGUGAGAGGAAGCCCAUUGACCUGCCCAGAGAGAGGCCUGCUAACUGUGCUGCGUCCACAGAGAAGAUCUACAUCAGGAAGAACCUGAUGAGCCCACUCAUCGCCACGCCAGCCUUCAUCACUGAUGGCUCCAGGUCAGAGACUGAGAUUACUACUUUGCCUCCUUACUUGAUCAUGUGAUUUGAUUGGGCCCGUGGGUUAGACUAUCUGCUCUGAUUGGUGCUCUGGGUUAGUCUCUGGGCUCUAAUUGGUCCUUUUGCCUCUGACUGGUGUUGUGUGCAGGUCUAGUCUGCUAGACCCAGGGAUGCUGGUGAACAUCCAGCAGCCUCUGAUCCAGGCUGACGGAACACUACUGCUGGCCACAGACACCAAGGUACAAACUCAGUUAUUCCUCAACAUUCUCUCAGUGUAAUGCCUUUCCUAAUAUGCUAUGAAAGAGACUGGUCAUUGGAAUCAGUGUGUUGUUCUCAUCACUGGCUCAAUGGUUGUGUCCACCUCUCCACUUUGAGUCGGGGCAGGGAGACUUGGGGACGCUGGCCAGUGUAGUGACGUGUAUGGCCAACCUGAACGACUCCCUCAGUGAGUCCCUGAAUAACGAUGAUACCUCAGACGACCAGCAGGAGGAGCAGUCUGCUAGCAAGAUAACACGGUAUGUAUGCAGUGUGUGUGUGUGUGUGUGUAAUUGCUCCUGUAUUAUGUACACUACCAUUCAGAAGAUUGGGGUCACUUAGAAAUGUCCUUGUUUUCGAAAGGAAAGCAAUUUUUCUGUCCAUUAAAAUAACAUCAAAUUGAUCAGAAAUACAGUGUAGACAUUGUUAAUGUUGUAAAUGGCUAUUGUAGCUGGAAAUGGCUGAUAAACAAAUAAAUGGAAUAUCUACAUAGCCGUACAGAGGCCCAUUAUCAGUAACCAUCAGUCCUGUGUUCCAAUGGCACGUUGUGUUUGCUAAUCCAAGUUUAUCAUUUUAAAAGGCUAAUUGAUCAUUAGAAAACCCUUUUGCAAUUAUGUUAGCACAGCUGAAAACUGUUGUGCUGAUUAAAGAAGCAAUAAAACUGGCCUUCUUGAGACUAGUUGAGUAUCUGGAGCAUCAGCAAUUGUGGGUUCAAUUACAGGCUCAAAAUGGCCAGAAACAAAUAACUUUCUUCUGAAACUCGUCAGUCUAUUCUUGUUCUGAGAAAUGAAGGCUAUUCCAUGCGAGAAAUUGCCAAGAAACUGAAGAUCUCGUACAACGCUGUGUACUACUCCCUUCACAGAACAGCGCAAACUGGCUCUAACCAGUUUGAGAAACAGACACCUCACAGGUCCUCAACUGGCAGCUUCAUUAAAUAGUACCCGCAAAACACCAGUCUCAACGUCAACAGUGAAGAGGCGACUCUGGGAUGCUGACCUUCUAGGCAGAGUUGCAAAGAAAAAGCCAUAUCUCAGACUGGCCAAUAAAAACGAAAAGAUUAAGAUGGGCAAAAGAACACAGACACUGGACCUUUUCUUUGCAACUCUGCCUAGGUCAGCAUCCCGGAGUUGCAUCUUCACCUUUGACGUUGAGAUUGGUGUUUUGCGGGUACUAUUUAAUGAAGCUGCCACUUGAGGACCUGUGAGGCAUCUGUUUCUCAAACUAGACACUCUAAUGUAUUUGUCCUCUUCCUCAGUUGUGCACCGGGGCCUCCCACUCCUCUUUCUAUUCUGGUUAGAGCCAGUUUGCGCUGUUCUGUGAAGGGAGUAGUACACAGCGUUGUACGAGAUCUUCAGUUUCUUGGCAAUUUCUCGCAUGGAAUAGCCUUCAUUUCUCAGAACAAGAAUAGACUGACGAGUUUCAGAAUAAAGUUAUUUUUUUCUGGCCAUUUUGAGCCUGUAAUCGAACCCACAAUUGCUGAUGCUCCAGAUACUCAACUAGUCUCAAGAAAGUCAGUUUUAUUGCUUCUUUAAUCAGCACAACAGUUUUCAGCUGUGCUAACAUAAUUGCAAAAGGGUUUUCUAAUGAUCAAUUAGCCUUUUAAAAUGAUAAACUUGGAUUAGCAAACACAAUGUGCCAUUGGAACACAGGACUGAUGAUGCUGAUAAUGGGCCUAUGUAGAUAUUCCAUUAAAAAUCAGCCAUUUCCAACUACAAUAGCCAUUUACAACAUUAACAAUGUCUACACUGUAUUUCUGAUAAAUAUUUUAAUGGACCAAAAAAUUGCUUUUCUUUCGAAAACAAGGGAAUUUCGUUUGAGCGGUAGUGUAUGUGUCUUCAGUGCCUUCGAUACCCUGGCCAAAGCCCUAAACCCGUCCGAGACGGGGGCGGGGCAGAACCUGGCAGAGGGGGGGGAGUAUGUGGGCGGAGCCACCAUCCAGGUUAUCAGCCGAGACCAGGUGACCCCCCUCAUCGAGGUGGAGGGCCCACUGCUCACAGACACACAUGUCAGCUUCAAGGUGGGGGUUCUGAACUUUGAACUCUGAUGUUUUAUAUGUAUUCACAUUCUGCUGGCAUUCAGCCAUUUAUUUUUGUGUUUUCAAUAACCUGACAUCUCUAUCUCGGUCCCUCCCUGUCCCUCCUAUAGCUGACUAUGCCCAGCCCCAUGCCAGAGUAUCUAAAUGUGCACUACAUCUGUGAGUCAGCGUCCCGCCUCCUCUUCCUUUCCAUGCACUGGGCACGCUCCAUCCCUGCAUUCUCCACUCUCGGGUGAGAACACUCUUAACAACAUUUUAUUACGCUUUUGGUGGGUGUGUGUGUGUGACUUGACCUGUAAGUGUGUGCGUGUCAUCCGUGUAUCUUUCUACCCAUGUAUCUCGAUUCAGUGCUGUAACUGAGUGUGUCUCUCUCAGUCAGGAGAGUAACACCAGCCUGGUGCGUGCCUGUUGGAAUGAGCUGUUCACUCUGGGGCUGGCUCAAUGUGCCCAGAUCAUGAGUCUCUCCACCAUCCUGGAAGCCAUCAUCAACCAUCUCCAGAACAGCAUUCAGGACGGUACGACAUCAAACCAGAUCUCCAUACAACACAACGAACACACCAGAUUCACAAAACACACAUACAAUCAGACACGCAUAUAUAGAAGAUAUGGAUGCAAGGCUCAAACUCCCCACAAAACACAUUCUAAGUUCUUUGUUGGUAAAUAUUUGAUGUUGUAAACUUUUGUCUGCUGUUCCCCUGUAGAUAAGGUGUCUGGGGAGAGAGUGAAGCUGGUGAUGGAACACAUCUGGAAGCUGCAGGAGUUCUGUAACAGCAUGGUUAAGAUGGAGACAGACAGCUAUGAGUACGCCUACCUGAAGGCCAUAGUCCUCUUUAGCCCUGGUGAGCAUGGUCCCAUUAACAUCGUACAUUAUGUUAGAAAUACAUCAUAAGUCAUAGGCUAUGACUAGGCCCCCAAGUUUUUCCUGGUGAGGUCACGUCGUCAGGAACAUACAAGGGCCCUAGUUUUGAGAACAACAUCAUACUCAGUCGAGUCAAUUUACUCAGAUAAAUUCUCUUUGAGAUAUACAGUGACUUCGGAAAGUAUUCAGACCACUUGACUUUUUCCACAUUUUGUUACGUUACAGCCUUAUUCUAAAAUUGCUUAAAUUGUUUUUUUUCCUCAUCUGUCUACACACAAUACCCCAUAAUGAAAAAGCAAAAACAGGUUUUUAGACAUUUUUUUCUAAUUUAAAAAUAGAAAACUGAAAUAUUACAUUUACAUAAGUAUUCAGACCCUUUACUCAGUACUUUGUUGAAGCACCUUACAGCAUAGAUUCUUCUUGGGUAUGACACUACAAGCUUGGCACACCUGUAUUUGGGGAGUUUCUCCCAUUCUUCUCUGCAGAUCCUCUCAAGCUCUGUCAGGUUGGAUGGGGAGCGUUGCUGCACAGCUAUUUUCAGGUCUCUCCAGAGAUGUUCGAUCGGGUUCAAGUCCAGGCUCUGACUGGGCCACUCAAGGACAUUCAGAGACUUGUCCCGAAGCCACUCCUGCGUUGUCUUGGCUGUAUGCUUAGGGUCGUUGUCCUGAGCGCUCUGGAGCAGGUUUUCAUCAAGGAUCUCUCUGUACUUUGCUCCGUUCAGCUUUGCCUCGAUCCUGACUAGUCUCCCAGUCCCUGCCGCUGAAGAACAUCCCCACAGCAUGAUGCUGCCACCACCAUGUUUCACCGUAGGGAUGGUUCCAGGUUUCCUCCAGACGUGACACUUGGCAUUCAGGCCAAAGAGUUCAAUCUUGGUUUCAUCAGACCAGAGAAUCUUGUUUCUCAUGGUCUGAGAGUCAUUAGGUGCCUUUUGGCGAACUCCAAGCGGGCUGUCGUGCCUUUUACUGAGGAGUGGCUUCCGUCUGGCCACUACCAUAAAGGCCUGAUUGGUGGAGUGCUGCAGAGAUGGUUGUCCUUCUGGAAGGUUCUCCCAUCUCCACAGAGGAACUCUAGAGCUCUGUCAGAGUGACCAUUGGGUUCUUGGUCACCUCCCUGACCAAAGCCCUUCUCCCCCAAUUGCUCAGUUUGGCCGGGCAGCCAGCUCUAGGAAGAGUCUUGGAGUUCCAAACUUCUUCCAUUUAAGAGUGAUGGAGGCCACUGUGUUCUUGGGGACCUUCAAUGCUGCAGACAUUUUUUGGUACCCUUCCCCAGAUCUGUGCCUCGACACAAUGCUCUCUGAGCUCUACAGACAAUUCCUUCGACCUCAUGGCUUGGUUUUUGCACUGUCAACUGUGGGACCUUGUAUAGACAGGUGUGUUCCUUUCCAAAUCCUUGUCCAAUCAAUUGAAUUUACCACAGGUGGACUCCAAUCAAGUUGUAGAAACAUCUCAAGGAUGAUCAAUGGAAACAGGAUGCACCUGAGCUCAAUUUCGAAUCUCAUAGCAAAGGGUCUGAAUACUUAUGUAAAUAAGGUAUUUCAGUUUUUUAUUUGUAAUACAUUUGCUAAAAUUUCUAAAAACCUGUUUUCACUUUGUCAUUAUGGGGUAUUGUGUGUAGAUUGCUAAGGAUGUAUUUUUAAAAAUCCGUUUUAGAAUAAGGCUGUAACGUAACAAAUGUGGAAAAUACUUUCCGAAUACACUACAUGACCAAAAGUAUGUGGACACCUGCUUGUCGAACAUCUCAUUCCAAAUAAUGGACAUUAAUAUGGAGUUGGUUCCCCCCUUUGCUGCUAUAACAGCCUCCACUCUUCUGGGAAGGCUUUCCACUAGAUGUUGGAACAUAGCUGCGGGGACUUCAAAUCAAAUCAAAUUUUAUUGGCCACAUGCGCCGAAUACAAAAGGUGCAGACAUUACAGUGAAAUGCUUACUUACAGCCCUUAACCAACAGUGCAUUUAUUUUUAAUAAAAAAGUAAAAUAAAACAACAACAAAGUGUUGAGAAAAAAAGAGCAGAAGUUAAAUAAAAUAACAGUAGGGAGGCUAUAUAUACGGGGGGGUACCGGUGCAGAGUCAAUGUUCGGGGGCACCGGCUAGUUGAGGUAGUUGAAGUAAUAUGUACAUGUGGUAGAGUUAAAGUGACUAUGCAUAAAUGAUUAACAGAGUAGCAGCAGCGUAAAAAGAUGGGGGUGGGGGGUGGGGGUGGGGGGGCAGUGCAAAUGGUCCGGGUAGCCAUGAUUAGCUGUUCAGGAGUCUUAUGGCUUGGGGGUAGAAGCUGUUGAGAACUCUUUUGGACCUAGACUUGGCACUCCGGUACCGCUUGCCGUGCGGUAGCAGAGAGAACAGUCUAUUACUGGGGUGGCUGGAGUCUUUGACAAUUUUGAGGGCCUUCCUCUGACACCACCUGGUAUAGAGGUCCUGGAUGGCAGGAAGCUUGGCCCCAGUGAUGUACUGGGCCGUACGCACUACCCUCUGUAGUGCCUUGCGGUCGGAGGCCAAGCAGUUGCCAUACCAGGCGUUGAUGCAACCAGUCAGGAUGCUCUCGAUGGUGCAGCUGUAGAAUAUUUUGAGGAUCUGAGGACCCAUGCCAAAUCUUUUCAGUAUCCUGAGGGGGAAUAGGCUUUGUCGUGCCCUCUUCACGACUGUCUUGGUGUGUUUGGACCAUGAUAGUUCGUUGGUGAUGUGGACACCAAGGAACUUGAAGCUCUCAACCUGUUCCACUACAGCCCCGUCGAUGAGAAUGGGGCCGUGCUCAGUCCUCUUUUUUUCCUGUAGUCCACUUUUUUAUUUUUUAUUUUUUUUAUUUCACCUUUAUUUAACCAGGUAAACCAGUUGAGAACAAGUUCUCAUUUACAACUGCGACCUGGCCAAGAUAAAGCAAAGCAGUGCGAUAAAAACAACAACAGAGAGUUACAUAUGGGGUAAAACAAAACAAAGUCAAAAAUACAACAGAAAUACAUAUAAUAUACAGUGUGUGCAAAUUUAGCAAGUUAUGGAGGUAAGGCAAUAAAAUAGGCUAUAGUGCAAAAUAAUUACAAUUAGUAUUAACACUGGAAUGAUAGAUGUGCAAGAGAUGAUGUGCAAAUAGAGAUACUGGGGUACAAAUGAGCAAAAUAAAUAACAAUAUAGGGAUGAGGUAGUUGGGCGGGCUAAUUUCAGAUGGGCUGUGUACAGGUACAGUGAUCGGUAAGGUGCUCUGACAACUGAUGCUUAAAGUUAGUGAGGGAGAUAAGUGUCUCCAGCUUCAGAGAUUUUUGCAAUUUGUUCCAGUCAUUGGCAGCAGAGAACUGGAAGGAAUUGCGGCCAAAGGAGGUGUUGGCUUUGGGGAUGACCAGUGAGAUAUACCCGCUGGAGCGCAGACUACGGGUGGGUGUUGCUAUGGUGACCAAUGAGCUAAGAUAAGGCGGGGAUUUGCCUAGCAGUGAUUUAUAGAUGGCCUGGAGCCAGUGGGUUUGGCGACGAAUAUGUAGUGAGGACCAGCCAACAAGAGCGUACAGGUCACAGUGGUGGGUAUUAUAUGGGGCUUUGGAGACAAAACGGAUGGCACUGUGAUAGACUACAUCCAAUUUGCUGAGUAGAGUGUUGGAGGCUAUUUUGUAAAUGACAUCGCCGAAGUCAAGGAUCGGUAGGAUAGUCAGUUUUACGAGGGCAUGUUUGGCAGCAUGAGUGAAGGAGGCUUUGUUGCGAAAGAGGAAACCGAUUCUAGAUUUAACUUUGGAUUGGAGAUUCCUAAUGUGAGUCUGGAAGGAGAGUUUACAGUUUAACCAGACAACUAGAUAUUUGUAGUUGUCCACAUACUCUAGGUCAGACCCGUCGAGAGUAGUGAUUCUAGUCGGGUGGGCGGGUGCAAGCAGCGUUCGGUUGAAGAGCAUGCAUUUAGUUUUACUAGUGUUUAAGAGCAGUUGGAGCCUACUGAAGGAGUGUUGUAUGGAAUUGAAGCUCGUUUGGAGGUUUGUUAACACAGUGUCCAAUGAAGGGCCAGAUGUAUACAAAAUGGUGUCGUCUGCGUAGAGGUGGAUCUGAGAGUCACCAGCAGCAAGAGCGACGUCAUUGAUAUACACAGAGAAAAGAGUCGGCCCAAGAAUUGAACCCUGUGGCACCCCCAUAGAGACUGCCAUAGGUCCAGACAACAGGCCCUCCGAUUUGACACGUUGAACUCUAUCUGAGAAGUAGUUGGUGAACCAGGCGAGGCAGUCAUUUGAGAAACCAAGGCUAUUUAGUCUGCCAAUAAGAAUGCGGUGGUUGACAGAGUUGAAAGCCUUGGCCAGGUCAAUGAAAACGGCUGCACAGUACUGUCUAUUAUCGAUCGCGGUUAUAAUAUCGUUUAGGACCUUGAGCGUGGCUGAAGUGCACCCAUGACCAGCUCGGAAACCGGAUUGCAUAGCGGAGAAGGUACGGUGGGAUUCGAAAUGGUCGGUGAUCUGUUUGUUGACUUGGCUUUCAAAAACUUUUGAAAGGCAGGGCAGGAUGGAUAUGGGUCUGUAACAGUUUGGAUCUAGAGUUUCACCCCCUUUGAAGAGGGGGAUGACCGCGGCAGCUUUCCAAUCUCUGGGGAUCUCAGACGUUACGAAAGAGAGGUUGAACAGGCUAGUAAUAGGGGUUGCGACAAUUUCCGCGGCUAGUUUUAGAAAGAAAGGGUCCAGAUUGUCUAGCCCAGAUGAUUUGUAGGGGUCCAGAUUUUGCAGCUCUUUUAGAACAUCAGCUGUCUGGAUUUGUGUGAGGGAGAAGCGGGGGGGGCAUGGGCAAGUUGCAGCGGAGGGUGCAGAGCUGGUGGCCGGGGUAGUGGUAGCCAGGUGGAAAGCAUGGCCAGCCGUAGCAAAAUGCUUGUUGAAAUUCUCGAUUAUUGUAGAUUUAUCGGUGGUGAUAGUGUUUCCUAGCCUCAGUGCAGUGGGCAGCUGGGAGGAAGUGCUCUUAUUUCCACAAUCAUCUCCUUUGUCUUGGUCACGUUGAGGGAGAGGUUGUUAUCCUGGCACCACACGGCCAGGUCUCUGACCUCCUCCCUAUAGACUGUCUCAUCAUUGUCGGUGAUGAGGCCUACCACUGUUGUGUCGUCGGCAAACUUAAUGAUUGUGUUGGAGUCGUGCCUGGCCAUGCAGUCAUGGGUGAACAGGGAGUACAGGAGGGGACUGAGCACGCACCCCUGAGGGGCCCCCAUGUUGAGGAUCAGUGUGGCAGAUGUGUUGUUACCUACCCUUACCACCUGGGGGCGAGCCGUCAGGAAGUCCAGGAUCCAGUUGCAGAGGGAGGUGUUUAGUCCCAGGAUCCUUAGCUUAGUGAUGAGCUUUGAGGGCACUAUGGUGUUGAAUGCUGAGCUAUAGUCAAUGAAUAGUCAAUGAAUUUGUCCAGGUGGGAAAGGGCAGUGUGGAGUGCAAUAGAGAUUGCAUCAUCUGUGGAUCUGUUGGGGCAGUAUGCAAAUUGGGGUGGGUCUAGGGUUUCUGAUAUAAUGGUGUUGAUGUGAGCCAUGACCAGCCUUUCAAAGCACCUCAUGGCUACAGACGUCAGUGCUACGGGUCGGUAGUCAUUUAGGCAGGUUAUCUUAGUGUCCUUGGGCACGGGGACUAUGGUGGUCUGCUUGAAACAUGUUGGUAUUACAGACUCAGUCAGGGACAUGUUGAAAAUGUCAGUGAAGACACUUGCCAGUUGGUCAGCACAUGCUCGGAGUACACGUCCUGGUAAUCCGUCUGGCCCUGCUUCCAUUCAGCCACGAGCAGUAGUGAGGUCGGCUACUGAUGUUGGGCGAUUAGGCCUGGCUCGGAGUCGGCGUUCUAAUUCAUUCCAGAGGUGUUCGGUGGGGUUGAGGUCAAGGCUCUGUGCAGGCCAGUCAAGUUCUUCCACACCGAUCUCGACAAACCAUUUCUGUAUGGACCUCGCUUUGGCAUUGUCAUGCUGAAACAGGAAAGGGCCUUCCGCAAACUGUUGCCACAAAGUUGGAAGCACAGAAUUGUCUAGAAUCGUCUGUAGCAUGAAGAUUUCCCUUCACUGGAACGAAGGGGCCUAGCCCGAACCAUGAAAAACAGCCCCAUACCAUUAUUCCUCCUCCACCAAACUUUUCAGUUGGCACUAUGCAUUGGGGCAGGCAGCGUUGUCCUGGUAUCCGCCAACGGGGGUGGCAUAAAUAGUUGAAUCCACUCAUUUGAAGGGUCCACAUACUGUUGUGUAUAUAUAGUGCAGGUAUGUGUACAGUAAAUCAACUCUGAGUAGAAGUUCAUACCAUCAUGAUAACUUAUUUACCUUGUAGUGUAUUGUUAGGAAACGGCUAUUGUGUGUAUCUCACUAAUCAGACCAUCCAGGCCUGAACAGUUGCAGCCAGAUAGAGAAGUUCCAGGAGAAAGCCCAGAUGGAGCUGCAGGACUAUGUGCAGAAGACCUAUCCAGAUGACACCUACAGGUACAUGUGUCUGUCAGCCUAUCAGGACCGUGAUAUAUCCUAAGAAUCUCCCCACUGGUCCCAUAAAUUCAUAUGUGAAUCUGUCUCUUUCUGAUUGGAUCCAUAAAUCACCCUCUACUCUGAUUGGUUUUCCCAGGUUAACGCGUAUCCUGAUGCGUCUCCCGGCGCUGCGUCUGAUGACCUCCAGCAUCACCGAGGAGCUGUUCUUCACCGGCCUGAUCGGCAACGUGCCCAUCGACAGCAUCAUCCCUUACAUCCUCAAGAUGGAGACCGCAGACUACAACACCGGUCCCACA